AUGCAACCCGACCCGUGCUACGAGUGGAGACAAGCCGAUGGCUCCAGACCAUCCCCCCAGGACAAUCAGUGCAACCGGGGCAGUCCAGACUCGGCGGGAAGCCAAGGCGCGGAAGCUGGGCAACAACCUCAGCAAGACCGACAUGAUAACAGUCCAGAUAAUUGUUCGCGGAAGGAUAACAUCACCGAAUCGCAAGACGAGCAAGAAGCUGACAAUGAAGUAUUGCGAGAGGAGUUGGUCAAUCUCUUGACUUGCCUCAAGCUCAUCGACACCUCUUCCACCGCAUUGUCUUCUUCUCCAGCGGCUGCCCUGUGGCCGCCUUCUUGUUCUCCCUGCACCGCCCAGGGCCUCGGCUCACACCUUCUCUUCAAACCCAUCACUCUCGAUUCAGGCUACUCGCUCUGUUCAGCUUGUUAUGAUGUCUAUCCGCACGAGUUACCAGCUACAAAUCAGCACCAGCAAUGUCGUCAACCCCUGCCAGUCUUGACACUCGAUGAUAAUCGUCACCUGGCUCAGCCAAGUCCGACGGUGAACUUCAUCCUGCAAAAGGUCGUUCAAAUCCUCCGUACCCUGCCCCCCAAACCAGCCGGUCAUGCUUCCAUCAGAAGCAACCUACGCGCUGAAUUAGAAUGCCCGCUCUGCUCACUGGUCUUCGAUUCUCCAGUGACAAUCUCAUGUGGUCACGCUUUCUGCCGCUCAUGCUUCCUUCGGGCACGUGACCAUGCCGACAACUGUCCUGUCUGCCGACAGCCGUUCCUCAUGGGCCCUCAGGCUGUCCCAGGAAUUGACCUCUUGAUUGACCGGAUCAUCCAGCAAUGUCUCACUUCGGCACACAGACCAGCUUCGCCUGCCACCCUCGAGACCAAUCACACAAUUCCCUUGAUGGUCUGCUCGAUUGGAUUCCCCGAGGUGCCGAUGUUCUUGCAGAUCUUCGAGCCCCGUUACAAGCUGAUGAUCCGAAGAAGUCUGUCGACCGACCGGAAGUUUGGUAUCGUCAUCCCAGCCUUCGAUCAUCACCGGCUGUCUAACAACCAAUUCAAUCACCCUCACUCAGCCGUCAUUCGUCCAGCGGCACACCAAGAUGGCCAGCCAACUUCACCGGUUCAUCCCUUCGGGACAAUCCUCGAGAUACGAAAGCACGAAACAGCGGUCGAUGGAAGAAUGCUGAUCGAGGCCAGGGGAUGUGACCGGUUCAGGAUUGAGGGUCUCUUAGGAUCGCUGGAUGGUUACCUGGUCGCUAAGAUUCACGUCUUUGAUGAUAUGCCCAUCCAAGAAGGAUGGCUGCCACCUCAAGCCAAAGAACAGACACCGGAUUGUGAUGUGUCUCUCGGCAACCAUCUCAUCACCUGUCCAUCAACCGAAAAAUUAAUGGACACGUGCAAAGAAUUCAUCGAAGUGUUGCGAUCGGGUAGUUCUCCGUGGAUUCUUGAACGUCUUUAUGACACCUUCGGUCCCAUGCCGGACCUGCCUACUGAAUUCACCUAUUGGGUGGCCAUGGUCUUGCCGAUCUCAGACCAAUACAAAGCAACCCUAUUACCAAUCAUCAGCUACCGAAGUCGGCUCAAAAUUCUUGUCCGCUGGAUCGAAGUCCUCAAAUCUCAAUGGAACAGUCAAGGAUGUCUGAUUGUCUGA